AUGGGUCCCCCCAAGACUAUCAAGCCUUCCGUCGGGCAGCCUGACAAGCCCUCUGAGAAGACCUCAAGUGACUUCCUCGACAGUAGGGAAGAGCUACCAGUUUCCUCCAUGCGCGCCAUGAUGCUCGAAGAAAAACAGGAAAAAGCUCCACGAGAUGCGCCCAAAGCAAGCUCCGUGGACAUAAUGAAACAGAUCCUUGCCAGAUCCUCUGGUCAAGGUUUACUCGCGAGCUUUCCCAAGGCCGAUGAACAGCGCACUGUCACGUCACCUGCUGGAUCUUCCGCCAAAGAGACUCAAAAAGUCGGUAGUGCACCACAGAAGCCUACCUCGGAGCCGAAACCCAAAACAUUGGAUCUCCAAAUCGCGAGCACCACUCCCAAGAAUCAGAAAAAACCCAUCGCGAGCAGAGGACCACCAAGAAGUGCGGGAACCACAUCUCAAAUUGAUUCGGAUGAGAAGCUGAAGCAACAGCGAGCGGCAGCCAAAUUGAAAGACCAGAAGAGUCCUUUUGCGAGCAGCUCAGCCUCAUCUGCGGCAGCUCCCACCAAGGGAAACUUGAAAGUCACAGCCAAAAUACCUGCAACUUCAUUGGAGAAAAAGACUGUUUCAUCUCAAAAGCAGCCCCACAAGAAUACCCUCAAGAAUCGGGAGAAACCACUCACAGGUAGCCCGGUCGUGUCCACGGAAGCUCCGAAAAUUAAAGGCACUACAUCCCAAAUCGUCUCGGAGAAAUCAAACUCGCCAGACACCUCUCGCAUGGUUCGGACACAGCCACAGCCACUCAAGAGAGAAAAUGUCUCGUCGAUCAAAUCUUCUGCCACCACAAUGGAUGGCACCCCCUCCACUCAGAUGGCUGAUAAGAGGCCCGCGUCCCCAAAGCAGACUGCCAGUCUCGCUGAGACCAAAGGGUGGAAGCAAGUCUAUGCCUUCCAGUACAAUUCCGAACUAUACGUUUCGAUGUGUCAAUUCGCUCUACCGGAGAGUUUCGAUGAGCCAGAUCAGGACUCAAACAAGGUUCCCCAAAAUGGGUCUUGCGUCGACUCUUCUUUCCAAGAGCCAAGACAAACAAAUCCACACGUGCGAGUCCCAGAGAGGUGGGAACCAGACAGCGACGAGCCUCAGGUUUGGAUUCGACGCUCACUCCAACAUUCAGUCACCUUGGAAUCGUAUCAAUGGUCCGAGGUCCAAUGGGCUCACCUCUGGUGCAUGGCCAAACAUUGGAAAGCCGAGAUUUCUGACAUUCUGGGGAUUCAAAUCGAGCAAUUCCAAAGCCGGACCGCGUUAGCACAGAGCAAUUAUGACAUAGUCUACCCCGGCCAUCCGGGAGACGUUUGUGAGGAGAGUUGGUGCAAGCCAUGUCGACAACUUCUACCGGAACCCGACAGGGCCAAGCGCUCCAAGCAGCGGGACCACCUUCGGAGGCGGCUUCAUGCAGAUGCAGAAACAGCUAUCAAGAUGUCUAACAACUGGCAUUACAGGACAAAGAAGCCUGGAGAGCUCGGGAGCGAGAAGGAAAUAAUCUAUGACACACAAUGGGACCCAGAAUGUCAGAUUGACACGAUCCUUUGGACCCCCGAGAACAGCGCGCGUUUCAUCCAUGAUGAAAACCUCAAGUACUGGGAUUCACGUACGGAAUUCGGUUGCUGGGGUCACACUGGAUACCCAACAGUCAUACAAAACUCGCUGAGAUGGGACUGCUGCCACCGGGCGAUAGAAGCAGCUGGAUGUCAUGCUGGCCCAGGACACGAAUAUCAUGACGCGGUGCUCUAUGAUAAGACAUGGCGUCUACAUGAAACUCCAAAGCAGAAGCCAGUGGAUUACCGCAACGCCGUCGUCAUUGACUGCCAGAUGGGAAAGAAUGACUGGGGCCAGGAUGAGCUGAUCAAGCUUACUGCCAUUGAUUACUUUUCUGGGGAGAUUUUGAUCGACAAGUUGGUAUGGCCGAGUGUCCGGCUUGUGCACACCGACAGGUGGUUCACUGGAAUCGAAUGGGCUGAGCUGCAAAGUGCUCACAGAGACCAAACUGCGAUUGAAGGUCGCGACGCUGCUCGAGAGCUGCUGUUUCGCUAUGUGGGGGACAAGACAGUUCUCAUCCUGUUUGACGGUCGGAGGGACAUGCUCGCCUUACGACUUAUUCACCACCAUAUCAUUGAUGCCAAGCACAUUGGCAAAGAAAACCCGAGGGUUGAUAUCGACACAAUGGCGCAUUUCUACCUGAGAGGUGACGCUCCACUUCGCAAUAUCUAUCGAAACCCAUUGCGGAACAGUCUCCAAGAUGCCAUAACAACCCGCAAUCUGGUCCGCCAAAUCUCGCUGAACGAAGGCGUAGCCGAGGUCUACGGUCCUAAUUUUGGUCUGAUGGAUUAUGUUGAGCGUCAAGAGGUUGUGCCCGGCAAUCUAACCAAGCUCGACAAAUGCCACUGGCCAAAGUUCUCCAGUCUUGUGUCCAGCGAACGCCAGAUCAGCAGACUGAGGCCUCUUUCGACACAACGAGUCCCUUACUUGAGAAAACACCGCGGCCACAAAGUCGUCCCAAAUGUGCCUAUCUGGAGGGACAAGAGAGGCAAUUUGUUCGAUCAAAAUGGCGCGUCGAUUUCUAAGCCCUCCCCUCAAAAGUUUGAAGAGGAUUUGCACUGGGUGUACAACUUUUUCUUUGAAGACACUCUACCAGAAGUUGGUGAUUUCCUCACCUUCAUGGAACUCAAUCGCAAAGACUCAAGCAACAGCUGGCGUUUCCCAUAA